CUCAAGAGGAUAAGAGGAGUAGAGAAUGUGGAUGAAGAGUUUGAGGACUUGGUGGCAGCUAGUGAUGCCUCUAGGAAAGUUGAGAAUCCAUGGAGAAACUUGUUGCAAGAAAAGUAUAGGCCGCAACUCACAAUGGCUAUCAUGAUCCCAUUUUUUCAACAAUUCACUGGAAUCAAUGUGAUUAUGUUUUACGCCCCAGUGUUGUUCAAUACCAUUGGUUUCGGAGAUGACGCAUCACUCAUGUCCGCUGUGGUUACCGGUGGUGUUAAUGUUGUUGCUACUCUCGUCUCCAUUUACUAUGUUGAUAAAUUAGGUCGAAGGUUUUUGUUUCUAGAGGGUGGCAUUCAAAUGUUCAUUUGUCAGGUUGUAAUUGCAAUAUUUAUUGGAGUGAAAUUCGGAGUAAACGGAUACCCAGGCGAGCUGCCAAAGUGGUACGCCGUAGUAGUAGUGCUGUUUAUUUGCAUUUACGUGAGUGCUUUUGCAUGGUCAUGGGGGCCUUUGGGUUGGCUUGUGCCCAGUGAGAUUUUCCCGCUUGAGAUUCGUUCUGCGGCGCAAAGCAUUAACGUUGCGGUCAACAUGAUCUUCACAUUCAUCAUCGGACAAGUCUUCCUGACAAUGUUGUGUCACAUGAAAUUUGGGCUGUUCUUGUUCUUCGCCUUUUUCGUGUCUAUCAUGACCUCACUCGUCUAUUUGUUCUUGCCUGAGACAAAGAAUAUCCCGAUAGAGGAGAUGGUGGUUGUUUGGAAAAAGCAUUGGUAUUGGACAAGGUUCAUGAUUGAGGUUGAUUGUCCUGGAAAGCCGAACUCUAUCGAAUUGAGUGUUGUAGGAGAAGCUGCUUGAUAUGCACUAAUUAGUAGUGCAUAAAUGUGUCUUUUUAUGUUUGAUUUGUG